CUGAGACCUCCCCCAGGCAAGCCUUUUCUACCUCCCCCCACCCCAUAUCUUCCCACCUUCUUCCUCAUUUUGCAUUGUUUUCCAAAUAUAUAUAAACUGAUCCUCCCAUGAAUUUUGCAUGCAUAAUUUCAUUGGCUUCUUCACGUCUCUUUUACUACUAGUUCCUUAAUAUAUCAUCCGUGUUUCAUUUUGAGUCUUUCUUGCAGUUUUAGUAGCUUUUGGUGAUUUGUUUUUUCUAUGUGAUGGAAAGUUCCACUCUCACCGGAUUAUUAACGAACGUCGCCGGAAAAUUCCCCGACCGUCGUGCGAUCUCGGUUUCAAACAAAUUUGAUCUCACCCAUGCCAGGCUCCAUGAUUUGGUCGAACGUACUGCCUCCCGCCUUGUCGCCGCCGGCGUCAAACCCGGUGACGUUAUCGCUCUCACCUUCCCCAAUUCCGUCGAGUACGUGAUCAUGUUUUUAGCCGUAAUCCGAGCCCGUGCGACGGCGGCUCCACUCAACGCUGCUUACACGGCUGAUGAGUUCGAGUUUUACUUGUCCGAUUCAGAGUCCAAAAUUUUGUUCACUCCGCAAGAAGGUAACGAACCGGCUCAAACCGCCGCUUCUAAGCUUAGCAUUCCACACGUGGCGGUGGCGCUGCCCGCCGCCGACGGAGACCUCAAGCUUUCCUCCUCCCACGCACAAUAUGAAUCCGACCCGAACCCGGAACUGGUAUCCAAGCUCGUCAAUGACCCGAACGAUGUUUCUCUCUUCCUCCACACCUCCGGCACCACCAGCCGUCCCAAAGGCGUCCCGUUGACUCAGCUUAACCUCGUUUCCUCCGUUAAGAACAUUCAAUCGGUAUAUAAGCUCACUGAGUCGGACUCUACGGUUAUUGUUUUGCCACUUUUCCACGUACACGGGUUGAUGGCCGGGUUACUGAGCUCUAUUGGAGCGGGUGGAGCGGUGACGCUCCCAGCUGCCGGAAGAUUCUCUGCUUCAACCUUCUGGUCGGACAUGAUUAAGUACAAUGCCACGUGGUACACAGCUGUGCCUACCAUCCACCAGAUCAUAUUGGACCGCCACCUCAACAAGCCUGAACCCGUUUACCCGAAGCUACGGUUCAUCCGGAGCUGCAGUGCAGCUUUGGCUCCUAGUAUUCUGGCCCGGCUGGAGGAAUCCUUUGGGGCUCCAGUUUUGGAGGCAUAUGCCAUGACUGAAGCGUCGCAUUUGAUGGCAUCCAACCCAUUACCGGAGGAUGGUCCGCAUGUGUCCGGGUCAGUUGGCAAACCCGUGGGUCAAGAGAUGGCCAUCCUGGAUGAAAAUGGAAAGCCACAAGAGGCUAACGCAAAUGGUGAGGUUUGUAUUAGGGGACCAAACGUGACUAAAGGGUAUAAGAAUAACCCUGAGGCUAACAAAUCAGCUUAUCAGUUUGGCUGGUUCCACACUGGAGACAUCGGCUAUUUUGACUCAGAUGGUUAUCUGCAUCUUGUUGGCAGGAUUAAGGAAUUGAUCAAUCGUGGAGGUAAAUUAUUUCUCUUUCAUCAUCAUUCGUCCUAAUAGCUUUGUCAUUUUGCAAAAUAUGUGAUUAUAAUUUUGUUGGCUUGUUAUGUAGCUUUUGGUCUCGUUGUAGAUGUUUUUCUAUGAUUGGCACUGGGGUUAGUGCAUUAUUGAGUUUUCAGUACAAUGUAGGUGUGCUCGAAUAUCCUAGGAUACACGUCGAAUAUCCAAGUGUAGACGCUAAAUGCUGGGCCAUGGCCCAUAGGCUGACAAUGUUGCUGAUUAAUUUGAUUUGGGGGGUAAAAUUUAGAACUUUUUGUGUGAGUUGACAAUUGCCAUAUUACAUGAUGGUGAUUGGUAAAUCUUUAUUUGGUUGAAGUGUAGGAGUUUGUGAGUGCGGGUUGGGUUCAAAGACUUCAUCCUGUUUGUUAUUUUUUUCUGCUGAAACCAUGAUCCACAUGUAGAAAAUAGCAUCAUUGCUUCCCAUGAUGAAUUGGCUACACUUGGGAUGAAUUGUUGUAGUUGCUUUUUGUUAGCCUCUAGAUGUGACGCUCUUUAGUAAUUCUGUAACUUUAAAAUGUACAAUUUAUGUAGCCAUAGCUCAAACUAUUUCUUUAUUUGAAAGGAUUGGAGGACAACACAACACUAAUCUUUUUUUUAUGUUGAAAAAAAAUUCAGGAGAGAAGAUAUCGCCAAUCGAAGUGGAUGCUGUUCUCUUAUCCCAUCCAGACAUUGCGCAAGGUGUUGCUUUUGGAGUCCCUGAUGACAAAUACGGAGAGGAGGUAAUACAAUUGAUUGCUUCUCAAUCCAUGUGUUCAUCUAUAACAAUCAUGUAUAAUCCAUUUGUUAGGCGGUUCACCAUUAACAAAAAAAUUUCUCAUUUUGUGAUUUUUUCUCCAGAUAAACUGUGCAGUUAUCCCAAGAGAAGGGUCCAACAUAGAUGAGGCUGAAGUAUCGAGAUUCUGCAAGAAGAACCUUGCAGCAUUUAAGGUCCCAAAGAAAAUUUUCAUCACAGAUUCCCUUCCUAAAACUGCCACAGGCAAAAUACAAAGGCGGAUAGUAGCUGAACAUUUCCUCUCACAGAUCUCGACUGCAAAGGUCCCCAAGUUUGGAGCCUAAAGGAGCCUGUUUUGUACAGCCAAAAUGUCAAGUCAUGAAUGACUUAGUAGUGGUCGUUGGUGUAGCUGCAAAUUUCUUCAUUGCAUUAGUGACAAGAUUAUCCUUGUUUCUGAAUACAUUCAGUUGGAUUGGGCAUCACCGUUUUUUCCAUAUACCGUUUGAUUAUGGUGGCUUAUAAUGCCUGGAAACCAUGGAGAUGGAAAUAAUUGUGACGUUUGAUAGAAACAAUAAAACUCCCUUCUUACAUCUCCCACUUAGCUUUCAAAUCUCUUCAUUGGCUAGCAAGCAGUCGAGGGUUCAAAUGCUGGUGUUAAUCUGUGGUAUAGCACAAAAUACAUAAUAUAUCUAAUUUCAGAAAAUGAUUUGUUCUAAUGGUUUAGUUGUUAGUGGUUGCAUGAGUCAGAAAUACAAAAUGCAUUAAUACAUAUCAUGAGCUUAAUAAUUUGAUUAAGUGACAUUGGUUGUAAUUUGAGGUGUUUGAAUAGACCCAAAACAUCGUGAUCAGGUUGUGAGCAGUUAUUCAAUAUUUUUUUUCUGCACGGUUAGACCUUGGAGUUUCCUCUCAGAGAAAGUAUGAUUGUGAGUUAACCCUUCAAGGCAACGCUUCUGGAUCUGAAACCUAAGUUGGAAUUUGGAAAGUAGAUCGUUCUCAAGAGAUAACCAUUUUAUAUGAAAGUUCAGAUAAAGAAAACACUCCGCUGCCCACCCACACCACCAAAAGAAAAAGAAGACGAAAAGCCAGCCCAGCAAGUAAAGCACAAUUCUGUUAUACUGAAACAUCUAGCUUGAUUCACCAAAAAAAAAAACAAACAAACAUCUAGUUUGAGC